AUUAGGUCAGUUCACAUUUUCUUUUGUUUGUUAUUAUCAAUAUUGUUAUUACCAUCCUCGGUUCAUUUCAUUUUCCCAAAUUUCUCUCUCAGAUCUGAUUUCCUUCGCAGUUGACAAGAACAAACCCUAAAAGUCGAACCAAAAUGUUUAGAUUCGAACAAGAAAAGAUCAGGAAACGAAUUUGAUUUCCGUUUCCUUUUUCCAGGAAAUUAAAAAAAUCAUACAGUAGAAGUAAGCUCUAAAUUGAUAUGGCCGACGCUCUUUCCGUGAUUCCAGCCUCUGUUCUCCGUAAUCUAUCCGAUAAGCUUUACGAGAAACGAAAAAAUGCAGCUCUUGAGGUUGAAGGAAUAGUGAAGCAGUUAGCGGCUGCUGGAGAUCAUGAUAAGAUAUCUGCGGUGAUUAAUUUGUUGACUACGGAGUUUACUUACUCUCCUCAAGCUAAUCACCGUAAGGGUGGAUUAAUAGGAUUAGCUGCUGCAACUGUAGGGUUGACUACAGAAGCAGCUCAACAUCUUGAGCAAAUUGUGCCACCUGUGCUCAAUUCUUUUUCUGACCAAGAUAGCAGAGUUCGUUAUUAUGCUUGUGAAGCUCUAUAUAACAUUGCGAAGGUGGUGAGAGGAGAUUUUAUUGUAUUCUUUAACCAAAUUUUUGAUGCACUAUGUAAGCUUUCAGCAGACUCAGAUGCCAAUGUACAAAGUGCGGCUCAUCUCUUGGAUCGUCUUGUAAAGGACAUUGUUACUGAAAGUGACCAAUUCAGCAUUGAAGAAUUUAUACCAUUGUUGAGAGAACGUAUGAAUGUCUUAAAUCCAUACGUCCGCCAGUUUUUGGUUGGAUGGAUCACUGUGUUGGAUAGUGUUCCAGAUAUAGACAUGCUGGGUUUUCUUCCUGAUUUUCUCGAUGGUUUGUUUAAUAUGUUGAGUGAUUCUAGUCAUGAAAUAAGACAGCAAGCCGAUUCUGCUCUUUCAGAGUUUCUCCAAGAGAUCAAAAACUCCCCAUCUGUAGAUUAUGGUCGAAUGGCUGAGAUACUGGUGCAAAGGGCAGCUUCUCCAGAUGAAUUUACUCGUCUAACAGCUAUCACAUGGAUAAAUGAGUUUGUAAAACUUGGCGGGGACCAACUUGUUCCUUACUAUGCUGAUAUCCUAGGAGCCAUUCUUCCUUGUAUAUCGGACAAAGAAGAGAAAAUUAGAGUGGUUGCUCGUGAAACCAAUGAAGAGCUUCGGGCAAUCAAGGCUGAUCCUGCUGAAGGAUUUGUCGUUGGACCAAUACUUUCCAUUGCAAGGAGGCAAUUAUCUAGUGAAUGGGAGGCUACUCGUAUUGAAGCAUUGCAUUGGAUAUCAAACCUUUUAAACAGGCAUCGUAGUGAGGUCUUGUGUUUUCUGAACGACAUAUUUGAUACCCUUCUGAAAGCACUUUCAGAUCCUUCGGAUGAGGUGGUACUCCUUGUUCUUGAGAUUCAUGCAUGUAUAGCAAAAGAUCCUCUACAUUUCCGCCAACUUGUUGUUUUCUUGGUGCAUAAUUUCCGUAUCGAUAUUUCUCUUCUGGAGAAGCGUGGGGCUCUGAUAAUCCGAAGACUCUGUGUGCUUUUAGAUGCUGAAAGGGUAUAUCGGGAACUCUCCACAAUACUAGAGGGUGAAGCUGACCUGGAUUUUGCAUCUAUUAUGGUUCAGGCGUUGAAUUUAAUCUUACUUACAUCUUCUGAAUUAGCCGAGCUCCGAAAUCUUUUAAAACAAUCACUUGUGAAUCCUGCUGGGAAAGACUUAUUUGUUUCCUUGUAUGCUUCAUGGUGCCAUUCACCCAUGGCAAUUAUAAGCCUUUGCCUAUUAGCGCAGACAUACCAGCAUGCAAGUGUGGUGAUUCAAUCACUGGUGGAGGAAGAUAUCAAUGUCAAAUUCUUGGUCCAGUUGGAUAAAUUAAUUCGCUUGCUGGAAACUCCAAUCUUUGCUUACCUUAGAUUGCAGCUUCUUGAACCAGGAAGAUAUACUUGGUUAUUAAAAGCCUUGAAUGGUCUCCUCAUGUUACUGCCCCAGAAAAGUGCUGCUUUUAAGAUAUUGCGGACUCGUUUAAAAACUGUUCCUUCAUAUUCCUUCAAUGGAGACCAAAUUAAGCGAACACCUUCAGGAAAUCCUUACUCUCAAAUUCUACAUCACAUUCCAAGUGGAUCACAAACCUCCGAGGAUGGUGAUGUAAAUCAGGACACUGGGAAUUCUAGUUUUCAUAAUGGAAUUAAUUUUUCUUCAAGGCUGCAACAGUUUGAGCAAAUGCAGCAGCAGCAUCGCAUGCAUGCAAAGGCACAGGCGCAGUCGCGGAACAAUUGUACUUUUUCAUCAAAGGAAGUACCAAGACCAGAAGAACCCCGGGGACCAUCAUCUGCAUCGGACAUCAAUAGGCCUCCUUCAAGAUCAUCUAGGAGAGGCCCGGGGCAGCUACAACUUUGAACAUGUUGAUGUUUCCUGUAUUUGUUUUGGAGGCAAUUGUACACUCAUCUCAGCAUACAAAGGGAAUGGAUGAGAUCUGGUAUAACUUGUAAAGGUGUAUAUCUUAGUUUGUUCUGUUAAAUUUGUGAAGGUUGGGAAUAGUAAAAAAUGGGUUUUGAACUGAGAUAGGCUUGGGCUUUCCUGAGCUAUUCUUUUUUCUUUUGUAAACAAGCGUACGCCCAUGUGGUUCUGUUAUUUUUUAUUGAAAACCAUAUGGGCAAGAGCCAAGAGCAAAAAAAUAUUUUAGAAAAAUAUGGAGUUUGUUUUUGUCUUGUCCAGUGUCCACGGCUGUUACGGUGACCUUAUAAAAUAAGGAAUCAGCUAAUUCAUGUACACAUCAUUUUUAGCCAAAUUUAUGACUAUGGUGUUGAUUAA